GCACACGCCUCCACCACGAUUGGCGCCCCGAAUCCGCACCAACUGAACACAAUAACGUGACUAUCCGAUAAAGACCUAUGCCUUCGCCCCGGCAAUUGUGACCUUCCACAAUACCUAACUUCCCCCGCUUUCGGCAACAACUGCACGUCAAUUGCAAAUAUUGUAUUUGAGGACUGAAAGAGACGCGCAAGGAUUUAAAGCUCCUGCCGACGGAAUGAGUGGACUAGUUGAAGGCGAAGCGGUGGCCCCCCCGGCUGCACCGCUGCAAGCGCCGAACGAUCAAGCAAUCCCAGCAGCUCCGGCAAAGGCUGAUCCUAAGGAUGCAAAGCCUGUGGAAGACGGCGCUUCAAAAAAAUUGUCAGGUGCAGAAUUGAAGAAGCAGAAGCAGCUAGAGAAGCAAGCAAAGAGAGCUCAAGCAAAGGCGGCUGCUCCCGCAGCGACGCAACAGAGCGGACCUCCAAAGGAACAGAAGCAGAAAGAGCAGAAGCAGUCUCAGAAAAAAGAUGAAGCCAGACCUUUGCCAAUCCGGAGGAGACCCUCACAGUCCAAUGCGGUGCCACAGCAGCACGCCAAACGAGAUUCGAAGCGGGACCAGAAGAACCUCGGACUCUUCUUUGGCCAUUUAUAUAGUCAGCCCAGACAGCAUUCCAUGGUCGGAGCAUCGAAAGACGUCCACCCUGCUAUUCUCGCCCUUGGUCUGCAAUACAGCAGCUACGUGAUCUGUGGAAGUACUGCGCGAAUGGUCGCUAUGCUUCUGGCCUUCAAAGCAGUUAUCGAAUCAUACCAGACGCCCGUUGGAACCAGUCUGGCGCGGCAUCUCACCAACCACCAUCUCAGCCCACAGAUUGACUACCUGCGAGGAUGCAGACCGCUCAGUAUCAGCAUGGGCAACGCUAUUCGAUGGCUCAAAGACCUCAUUAUCAAGAUCGAUCCCUCCACCCCCGAAGCAGAAGCCAAGCGCGACCUCGUGGAGGAAAUCGACAUGUUCAUACGCGAGCGCGUCACCGCCGCCCAAAAGCUGAUCCGUGACCAAGCCGCGACCAAGAUCCUGCCGGGCGACGUGAUUCUCACGUACGCCUCGUCCUCCAUCGUCGAGCAGACGUUCCUCCAAGCGCACAAGGCCGGCGUCCCCUUCACCGUCGUCGUCGUCGACUCCAAGCCCCUUUUCGAAGGCAAGACGCUCGCGCGCAAACUGGCCAACCAAGGCAUCACCGUCCGGUACUACCUCAUCACGGGCGCCUCACACGCCGUCAAAGACGCCUCCAAGGUGUUCCUGGGCGCGCACGCCAUGAUGUCCAACGGGCGGCUCUACUCGCGCGUCGGCACCGCCCUCGUCUCCAUGCUCGCCCGCUCGCACUCUCUCCCCGUCCUUGUGCUCUGCGAGUCCGUAAAGUUCACUGAGAAAGUCGCCCUCGACUCCAUCGUCGGCAACGAGGUCGCACCAGCAGACGAGAUCCUCUCCGAAGCCGAGCGCGCCUCCUUACUUCCCCUCGAACCCCACCUCCCGACCACGCACCCCUCGAAGAACAAGUCGGACAAUGACAAGUCCACAGCUGAAGACGCAAAAUCAGGUCCUCUGGAUGUGCUCAAGUGGGUCGAGGGCUCGGAGAACUUGCACCACCUCCAGGUGCUGUACGAUGUCACGCCCGCUGAGUACAUCAACAUGGUCAUCACGGAAUACGGGAGUCUGCCGCCGAGCUCGGUGCCCGUGGUUCAUCGGCUGAGUACGAAUACCUGAGUUGCCUGCCCUGCGCUGCGCGUUCUGGAUUUUCUUGUUUUCUUGAUUUGAGUUGGCUUUGGUCAUUUGGAUUUUCUGCGAGGAUGAGGAGAGAUGACUAACGAUUUGUGAAGGGACUGAUGGUGAUGAGCUGGAUGCGCCUUCGAAGAGGCUCGCUCAUGCUGCGGCGCCGCCGGUGCGUCGUGGCAGUGCGCGUGCGUGAGGAAACGAGUGUGCGGUGUUGUUUACACAGAGAAC